UCCAGACAAGUCUCUCUCUCUCUCUCGACAAACAACUGCCUUCAGGCCUCCAGCUCCAACAGUGCAGCAGACUCUGACAACAACAAACAUGGCAGCAGCUGUCAGCCUCCUCGUUGAAGACCAGUUUCUGUGCCCCAUCUGUCUGGAUGUGUUCACUGAUCCAGUCACCGUACCGUGUGGACACAACUUCUGCAAGGCCUGCAUCACAGAACACUGGGAUCUUAAUGUCCAGAGUCGGUGUCCCAUGUGCAAAGAGCACUUUGACAGAAGGCCGGUACUGCGAGUCAACCCUUUUAUAUCUGAGAUUGCUGCUCACUUCAGGCAGUCAGUCCAAAAGAAUGCCAGCGGCAACAGCUGCAGCUCAGAGGAGCAACAUGCCAAACCAGGAGAAGUUCUCUGUGACAUCUGCACUGAAACCAAAGCGACGGCCCUGAAGUCCUGCCUGGUGUGUCUGGCCUCCUACUGUGAGUCUCACCUGGAGCCUCAUCAAAGAAUCGCAGGCCUUAAAAGACAUAAGCUGAUUGAUCCUGUGGAGAACCUGGAGGGCAUGAUUUGUGAGAACCAUGAUAGACCACUUGAGCUGUUUUGCAAGACUGACCAGACAUGUGUGUGUCAGUUCUGUGCAGAGUCAAGUCACAGGCUUCAUCACAUUGUUCCUCUGAUAGACGAAUAUGAAGAAAAGAAAGCUGAGCUGGGAAAGACAGAGGCCGAAGUUCAGCAGAUGAUCCAGGAGAGACGACUGAAGAUUGCCCAGAUCAGACAGGCAGUGUUGCUCAGCAAGCAGGAUGCAGACAAAGAGACGGAGCAUAGUGUUCAGGUCUUCACUGCUCUGAUGCAGUCUGUUCAGAGAAAUCUGUCUGAGCUCAUUGAGACGAUUGAUAAGAAGCACAAAACGACAGAGAAUCAGGCUGAAGGCUUCAUCAAAGAGCUGGAAGAGGAAAUCUCGGAGCUUAUAACGAGACGCUCUGAGCUGGAGCAGCUCUCACGCACAGAAGACCGCCUACACAUGCUACAAAGCUUCCCGUCCUUGAGCCCUGCUCCGCCCACCAAGGACUGGACAGAGGUCAGUGUUCACUCGUCCUAUCACGGGACUGUGAUGAGUUCUGUGGCUCAACUGGCGGAGACACUCAGUAGAGAGAUGAAGAUUUUUAAUCUGAAGAGGGUCCAGCAGUUUGCGGUGGAUGUGACUCUUGAUCUUGAGACAGCAUAUUCGUGUCUUUUUCUGUCUGAUGAUGGAAAGCAAGUCAGGAGAGGCGAUAAAAAGCUGAAACUUCCAGACAGCCCAAAGAGAUUUUCCACAAGUUGUGUUUUAGGAAAGCAGAGUUUUUCUUCAGGGGGAUUUUACUAUGAAGUCCAGGUUGAAGGGAAGACUGACUGGGUUUUAGGAGUGGCCAAAGAGUCUGUCAACAGGAAGAACAGCUUCAUCCCAGUGUCCCCACCGACUGGCUACUGGACUGUGCGCUUGAAGAAUGGAAAUCAGUAUGAAGCUUGUGCUAUCCCUGCAAUCCAUAUCCCUCUGAUGUCAAAGCCUCAGAAGGUGGGGGUGUUUGUGGAUUUUGAGAUGGGUCUGGUCUCCUUUUAUGAUGUAGACACUGCAGCUCUCAUGUACUCCUUUACUGGCUGUAACUUCACUGAGAAACUCUACCCAUAUCUCGAUCCCAGGCAUGGGAAUGAUGGUAAAAACACCAGCCCCCUAAUCCUUUGUUCCAUCAAUCAAAUAAACUGAUCAUAACAGGAGUCACCGUCGUGUAAAUGACCUAAAUCACUUUCCUAUUUUGCUUUUGAUUUUAUUUUAUUUGUAUUUUAUUUUUUAAAUCUUUCUCAUUACUGCAGAGAUACACCAGUUUGUCAAAAAAAAAGAAACAAAUCCUCAAGUACACAUUAGAUUCUUGUUAGCUAUAAGUUUGCAGGCCGUAAAACUAUUCAAAUGCAUCAUUGAAUCCCUAAAGAGUACAUUUUUCUUCCAAGGGUUAGUGCACUGUUGGUUCUGCUCCACUGGGAGGAGCCAGAUAAAUAGUCAGGACCGUUAGUGGAGCCUGUGUGGUUUCAUUGGUGCACUCUGAGGGUUUUAAAGUAAGUUUUUACUUAAUUUCCAUGAAGAUUAAAUUAUAGAAGGCCUACUUCUUCUUUAUUACAGUCUAGGUAACUCAUUCUGUUUGGAAGCACAGCCAAAUUCUGAGGUCUGGAAUUCCCUGUGGGGGAAUUAUAACAGUACGUCUUAAUAAUACAGCAUGAAAAUAAUAACAUACAGUAUGGAUGAAUACUAAAAAAUAUGUUGAUUAAAUAUAAUUUGGUGACAUCUAGAAAAUAAUUUAAAACUAUUAGUAAAACUUCUCCAAUGAGAGUUGGCCACCAUUAAAAACAACAAUGAUGAUUUACAUUUUUUUUUUAAUUCACUCCAUCAUUUCACAACUUCCAUAUUAAACGUUUCAUUAUACUAAGUGUCUUUCAUCACAUGUUUUUUUUUCUUUAUAAAGAUUAUCUAGUUUUAACCCACAUUGGAUUGUAAUACAGCUAAAACUUCAGGAGUUGGGGUAUUUGUUUUCAUAAUUUUUUUAAGAUAAAUUCACAAUUUGCUGGUGGAUUUAUAUAUAUUACCGGAUAUUAAUUUAGGACUUAUGAGCAUACAAUUGUAAUGUAAAAUGUUGUGCUUUAUUUUCAUGUCAUUUUAUUUCAUUUGCUAAUGAAUCUGCGACAAUGCUAUGUUUUACUUUUAUGUGUUAUAGUUUUUUUUAAUUUCUUUACUGUAAGAGCAAAAUUGUUUUAAACUGCCAAUAAAGUUAUUA